ACGUAGAGCUGGACAGAUCAAGUGUACUCGGCGCUGUUCAUUUGACCUGCGUCCGGGCAAAUUACUUUCAGUUGAUAUUGGGAUUCUUUCAGAGCAGCAUUCGCAGGGAGGAAAAUACAUAGUUUCCAUCGGAACACGGAUUUCGGAUCAUCGUUUUCGACGCGCUGAAAAAAAAAGUUUGGAUUGUGUAAUUAUUGGAGCGAGUUUUCAGACUUCAUGAUGAGUGCUGUUGUGGCCACUGAGGGCCUGUUCUUUUCCGCCUUGCAGCCCAGCACCUCGGUCACCACAUAUGCGAUCCCAACCGAUGACCAUCCCAGGAGGGAUCUGCUAUCUAAAGCCAGGCGCGUCCAGCAGCAGGUCCAGCAGCGCAUGGCGGAGAAGCCCUCAUCCUCAUCCCGACUCAACGCCUCCACAGAAUUUGACGGCCACUCGUCCACUGUAAGAUACCAAACCAAAACCCCUGGAUUCAGUUCCAAGUCUGUUAUCCACAAUGGCAACAGAACAAUGGCGACGCCUCGACUGUCCCAGUGCGCAGGAGAAUUUUCCUCUCGCUCUGCAGUAGAAAUGGGCACUCAGCAGAGAAUCAGUCAUGGUGUGCCUGUGCCUGCCGUAGUGGGCCGUCCGUACAUGUACCAUGAUGACGCACAUCUGAGUGGCUCUUACAACCAGAUGCAAACAUCGGAAUCAAGGACACUGAGUCGGACUGAGCAGGAGGCAGCAGCAAUGGCCGGGCUCACGUUGCAACGGCAGCCAUCUCCUGUGGGGAACUGGAUGGCGUCCUAUAGCCACAGCUCUUCACCCAACGUGGUGCAAAGACAGCACACCCUUAGUGGGACCCUGGCACGAGAGGGUUUCAGUACAGGAUGGAGGGAAGCAGAGUUGGCUAAUCAAUAUUCAUUUAAAGGCCCUUCCCACCGAACCAUCAGCCGCAUAAAUAAUCGUCAGGUGCAGCAGCAGCCACAACAGCAAAGGCAGAGCAGCAGCUCAAUGCAGUGGCAGCAGAUGUCCACUGGGGGCACCAGUAUGAUGGGUGCUGGGCAUUACCAGGGCACCAUGAAGAGAGCGGGGUCUGUGCAUAGUAUGAAGAGUGUCGGUCGUGGUGUGGAUGUUUAUGACGGAUUGGCCGAUGGAACCGCAGAUGCUCUUGGCGGAAUCCAUAACCUGGACAUGACUACAGCAGUCAGUUACCUCUCUUCCACUGAUGUUGCUAUGCAGAUGUUGGGAGCAGCCUACAUACAGCAUCAGUGUUACCACAGCAAUGAAGCCAAGACCAUGGUGCGCAGUUUGAAGGGCAUCUCAGCAUUAGUACAGCUGUUUAGCAGUGAGAACCAAGAAGUUCAGCGCUAUGCGACAGGUGCUACACGCAACCUCAUCUACGAGAAUAUGGACAACAAGACAGCACUUAUCGAAGCUGGUGGAAUUAGCAAACUAAUUGGUGCUUUAAGAGAACCCGAUGAUGAACUACGCAAAAAUAUCACAGGGAUUUUGUGGAACCUGUCUUCUAAAGACAGUUUGAAGGAGAGGCUGGCCAGAGAGAGUUUGUCUGAGCUGACAGAGAGAGUGCUGGUGCCUCUGUCAGGCGGAGGAGAUGCUGGUGUCAUUCAACAGAGUGCGUCUGAGGCUGAUAUUUUCUACAACACCACAGGUUGCCUCAGGAACCUGAGCUCAGUGAAUGAAAGAACCAGGCAGCAGAUGCGGGAAACGCGAGGGCUGGUAGACUCUCUGGUUGGAUACAUCGAAAACUCCCUACAGGAGGGAAAAGGAGAGGACAAGGGUGUAGAAAACUGUGUGUGUGUCCUGCGCAACCUGUCGUACCAGCUGUACUCUGAGAUCCCUGCUUCAGUUCAGAUGCGUUUGGAAGGACCCACUCGAGCACAGGACACGCGGCACAACGACCCCAUCAGCUGCUUCACACCACAGAGCAAGAAAGCAAAAGAUAGGAAUCAAGACCUGAGCACCUUCUCUGAAGUGGCACGAGUCCCGAAAGGAACAGAUUGGCUGUGGCACCCUCAGAUAGUCGCUCUGUACAACCGCAUCCUGCAGAACACCGAAACAAACACAGCCACAUGUGAGGGAGCGGCGGGAGCCCUGCAGAACAUCACAGCGGGCGACAGCAGGUGGGCCUCUGUGUUGUGUCGUGUGGCGCUGGAGCAGGAGCGGAUGUUGCCGGUGAUUCUCGACCUGUUGCGAAACCCCACAGAUGCCGAGCUCCGUUCUCUCACAGGUCUGCUGAGGAACCUCUCCCGACACUGCAAAAACAAAGCUGAUAUGGCUACCAAAGUGGUGAAUAUUCUUGUGAACAAACUCCCCAGUGAUGGGCAUCAGAAAGAACCUUCUAGUGAGGUGGUGGUCAACAUCUGUGGGGUUCUCAACAACCUGGUUACAGGAAGCUCUCUAGCUGCGAGAGAUAUCACUUACUUUGAUGGACUACCCAAGCUGGUCAGCAUUAAGACAUGUCAUGACAACAGUCCUGGGAAGCUGAAAGCCGCCAGGGCCGCCUCCACCGUUCUGUCCAACAUGUUUCAGUACACCAAACUUCACAAAGAUUACAAACAGAAAGGGUUCACAAGACGAGAUUUCACAGAUAUGACCAUCUAAUCUCUGUCCAUGACUUAGUGCUAAACUCAUUGGACAAGAUGGCAUUAGACGUCCAUGGGAUUUUACAUAUCUUUACCACCAAAGUCACAAGAGAAAUGCAAUCAGCCUAUUUCGCUCAAACACACAAACACACACACACACACAC